AUGACUUCCUGUCAAAGAAUGUGUCAGCAUACCCUCUAUUCUUUCAUCAUCAGUAUUUGUAUAACGUAUAGUUUUUGUUAUACAGUUGGGAUGAAGUAUCAUGCUUAUCGGCACCCAUCACUUUCCUCUCCUUCGGAGUCUUCAUCGUCAUCACAAGUUGGAGUGCCUUCGUCAUCAGUCUCCCAGAUCGUAUCUGAAAAAUAUGUCACCCCAUAUAG